AUGGCAAAUACGAUUCCACAACCCGAACCCUUCGUAAUCCAGACCUCGCGUCUGAUCCUUGUGCCCUCUGUCUUCGCGAUCCAAAACCCCGCUCACAGGAAGUUGUACUCACAGCUGCACGGUACACCCGAGUUCACAGAGAUGGCCUUUGGUCCCGACUGGGGAAUCAGAUGCUGGGACGACAAGGCCAUCACUUUCAUCAUCCACCGCGAGAUCGACAGAUCCUGA